AUGGCGAGACGCAAGAAGAACAACCCAAAGCCUGAUACAAGAGCUAAGGUGACUGAAUCUCCAUUGCUCCAUGCGACGUAUGAGGGUCAGAGGUCUGAGGUCGAUGAAGCUGUUCCGGAGGAGAUGGAAGAAGUGUUUACAGAUUCGAUGGUGGAUUUUCCAGAAAUUGGAAUUCAAGGACCAAUUGAAUUUGAUGGAGAUUCAUCUGGAGGUAAGAAAAUAGGCAAGACAGAGGAGGAGCUGGCUGCAGAUGUAGGUGAUUUUCAAAGCCAGGCGAUGGAUAAAUGGUCCCAGUUCCGAGCCUUGCUUCCAAAUCAAGGAGGGGCCAAACUCAGCUUUGAGGAACCAAUUAUUCGCGAGGGCCAACGAAUAGCUCAAGUCGACUUGGAGGAGAUCCAAGUUGAAAUCUCUUUUUGGAAUUCAGCGGUGGUAUGUCAGGAACUUGGGGCUAACCCUCUGUUUGUUGUGUUUGAAGGAUUUAUUAAGAGGAUUUGGGGUAAACUUGGUAUUGAGAGAAUUGCUAGGCUGAAUAAUGGUUUUACACUUGUGAAAUUUCGCGAUGAAGUCACUAGAGAUCUGGUUUUGGAAGCUGGGGUGCUACAUUUUGAUAGAAAACCAGUGAUAGUGAAGCCUUGGUCUGCUGAUUUAGACACACUUAAGGCAGUGAAAUCUGUUCCUGUUUGGGUAAGAUUGCCAGGGCUUGGGCUGCAAUAUUGGGGCACUAAGUGUUUGAGUGCUCUUAUGAGCACGAUUAGGGUACCAAUUUUGGUCGAUAAAGUUAUUAAGGACAGGUCUAUGAUGCAAUUUGCUAGAGUUUUAGUGGAUAUAGAACUCUCGGAGGAUCUCCCUAAAUCUGUUCAGUUUCUCAAUGAGAAAGGACAACUAAUGGAACAGCUUCUGGAAUUUGAGUGGCUUCCUACUCAAUGUAGAGGCUGCAAAGUGUAUGGCCAUACAGAAAGAAUGUGUAAUAAGAAGCAAAAUGAGACUUGGAGGCAGAAAAACCGGAAUGGAGAGGAAGAGGCUAGACAAGGUCCAGUGGAUCAGACGCUAUUAUCAGAGGAUAAAGAUGCUUUGAAUGGGAGUAUAGAUGCUGGUUCUCAGAAAUCGGUUACUAAGGAUUUGGCUAAGCCCCAGGAGAUGUCAAAGCAACUGGAGCCUGUGACAUCUGCAGUAAAGCAUGAUGUUACACCAGAUACGAAUUCCAGUGACAGAGGUACUUUGGAUUGGGUUACCCCAAAACGGGUUGGAGGAAAUAAGAAGGCUACUCAUAAGGCAAAGAACACGUUGACGAAUUCCUAUAGUGCUUUGCAAGAUAAGGUAUUGGAGGUUACAAACUUGGGACUAACAACAACAAGUGCCUUGUUGGAGACUAAACUUCGUGGUGAUAAAAUUGAGAAAAUGAUGCAAUCUUUUUUCAUUGGCUGGAACUAUUUCACUGGUGCAGCUUCAGAAGGUCGAUUGCUUCUUAUUUGGCAGCAAAAUUUGGUGUCUGUUGAAGUUUUAAAGGAGACUGAUCAGUUACUUCAUGUCUGUGUUAAAGGCUUAAGGACUAAUAAGUUGUUUUGUGUUACAUUUGUGUAUGGUAGAAAUUCGAUUGAGGAAAGAGUGCCUCUUUGGAGUGAUCUGUCCGGUCUUUGUUUCCCAGCUACCCCUUGGCUGUUGGCUGGGGACUUUAAUGCAGUUUUUGAGGGUACAGACAGAAUUGGUGGACGCACCAUUUCUUCCCAUGAGUUAGUUGAUGCUCAACAUUGGAGGGCCUUGGGUUUAGUUGAUGAGUUGCGCGCUAGAGGGUCUCAUUAUACUUGGACAAAUAAACAGGCCAAUGAAGAUAGAAUCUUUUCGAAAUUGGACAGAGUCUUUAAAAAUGAAGAAUGGUUGGACCUUUUUCCUCAAGCUGAGGCUGUGUUCAACUGGGAAUUGCUCUCUGACCACUGUUACUGCAUUAUCAAACCAGAAGCUACUGUUAACUGUGGUAUUAAGCUAUUUAGAUUCUUCAAUAUGUGGACUGAACAUGAAAAAUUUAAACAUACUGUCUUGCAAAGCUGGUGCAAGCCUAGCAAAGGGUUUGGGCUGGAUCGAAUUUGUAGGAAACUAAGCAGACUUCAGAUAGUUCUUCGCAAGUUCAAUAAGCAUGUUAUGGGAGAUGUUGCUCAGAAUUAUGUUUUGGCUAAGGAGAAGUUUCAGGCUGCCCAAAUGUCUCUUCAGAGUAAUCCUCACUCGACAGAACUUCAAAGAGUAGAAGGUGCAGCAAGUGAUAAUUUUGCUUAUCAUGCUAGAACUUAUGAGAGCUUCCUGAGACAGAAAAGCAAAGUGGAUUGGCUUCGUUAUGGUGAUGACAACACGACAUAUUUUCACGCAUGUUUAAAACAAAGAAGAGCCUCUAAUUGUAUCACUUCAGUAGUGAAAGAAUCUGGUCAGAUAAUUGAGAAAUUUUAUGAUGUUGUGGAACACUUUGUGCUUCAUUUUCAGAAAAUCAUGGGAAGCAAAAGCAAUGCCUCGAGUUCCAUUCAGAGUUCCUGUUUUAAUCUUGGUCAUAAACUGACUUUGGACCAGCAGAUCAGUUUAGUGAGGCCUUUCACUACUAAGGAAGUUAAAGACGCUUUGUUUAGUAUUAACUCUAUUAAAAGUCCAGGGCCGGAUGGGUAUGGCUCAGGUUUUUUCAAAGCAAUGUGGAGCGAUUUAGAAGUUGAAAUCUCAGAAGCCAUAUUUGAUUUCUUUGAGCGCGGUAUUCUGCCAGAGGAGGUGAAUAAGGCUACUAUUUCCUUGAUUCCUAAGAUUGAUACACCUACUCGGGCAGCGGAUUAUAGGCCUAUUACGUGUUGCAAUUCUAUCUACAAGUGUAUAUCUAAAAUGCUUUGUGGUAGAUUGGCGAUGGAUAUUAUUAAAGGUUAUAAGAGGAAAAACAUUUCCCCUAGGUGUGUGAUGAAAAUUGACCUGAGUAAAGCCUAUGAUAUGCUUGAUUGGAAUUUUUUGGAGGACAUUCUCACUGAAUUCUGCUUUCUGAUUAAAUUCAUCAAAUGGGUAAUGGCCUGCUUGAAGGAUCCUACUUAUAUGAUUCUAAUGAAUGGUAGGGUUCAAGGGAAGUUUAGAGGCCGGAAGGGUCUUAGGCAAGGGGACCCGAUUUCUCCUUUGUUGUUUGUUCUAGCAAUGGAGUAUUGUACCCGGUUGUUAUGUCAAGCUUCCUUGGAUAAGGGAUUCCGCUAUCAUCCUAAGUGUAAGCAGCUAAAGAUUGUCAAUCUUUGUUUUGCAGACGAUUUGGUCAUAUUUUGCAAGGGAGUAACUAGCUCAGCUCAGAUAAUGAGGGACGAUUUUAAUGAGUUCUGCUUGGCUUCAGGUUUGUCUACUAAUAUGGACAAAUCUCAGGUCUAUUUUGGAGGUGUGGCUGAAAGAGAAACUCGUCAUAUGCUAGAGAGGCUCCGAUUUUCAAAAGGAAACUUUCCUCUAAAAUAUUUGGGAGUUCCUCUUCGAACAACAAGAUGGAAGGCUGGAGAUUGUGCUAUCAUUAUCAAAAAGAUACAGCUGAAAUUACAUACUUGGGCGAGUCGUCACCUAUCUUUUGCUGGGAGGGUGCAAUUAAUUAACUCUGUGCUUCUGAGUAUCAGAUCUUUUUGGAUGAGCACUUUUAUUCUCCCUAAGAGUGUCACUAAGGAAGUGGAUCGGUUAUGCAGGAAAUUCCUUUGGGGAGUUAAGGACAGCAAUAAGCAGCGUAGUAAAUUGCAUCUUACUGCCUGGGAUCAGGUGUGCCUGCCAAAAUGCAUGGGUGGUCUUGGUUUCAAGGAAGGUUGUAACUGGAAUAGAGUGCUUCUUGCUAAGUUUGUUUGGGCUGUUUCAACUAAGCAAGAUAUUCUUUGGGUGAAAUGGGUGGAUUCUAUAUAUCUGAAGGGCCAGGACUUCUGGAAUUAUAUUGUUCCCCAGGAUAUGAGUUGGUUACUUAACAAGGAUAGAGUUGAUUUUGAUAAUGUGGUCUGGAACUCUUUGGUUGUGCCUAAGCACAGGUUAGAUCUCGAUUGGAGAAUUGGCUGGGUAGAGGUAUUUGGCCGAGUUUGUAUGAUGAGUGGUGUUCUUGGAUGGUUGGUAAGCCGAAGGGGCUGA